AGGGAAGACUUUGUCCGGAUACGUGGUGGAACUUGAGGCGGUCCUUGAGUCCCACGCACACAGAUAGUCCGGGAUCAUCCCACCCAGCAGCUCCCAGUCCACCAUUUACCAAACUUUAAAAAAAAAAAAAAAAAAAUGGCACCGUCCACUUCACAACUCUUGUGUGCGCUUGUCAUCGUGUUUUCCACCUCAGUCGUGAACUCCCAGUACGAGAAAUACAGCUUCAGGAGUUUCCCCCGACACGAGCUGAUGCCGCUGGAGUCCGCGUACAAGUACGCGCUGGACCAGUACACCGGGGAGAAGUGGAAGGACACGGUGGACUACAUGGAGGUGUCUCUGCGUCUCUACCGGCUGCUGCGGGACAGCGAGGCCUUCUGCAACCUCAACUGCAGCUCCGUGCGCCUGGACGACGAGCAGAAGUUCGCGGAGUUUCCAGAGCUGCGUGCGUUCGGGAACGUCGUGAAGAGAGCGCAGUGCCUGAAGCGCUGCAAGCAGGGGCUGCCCGCGUUCAGACAGACCAUGCCGAGCCGGGACACCCUCGAAGAGUUUGAGAAGAGAGAGCCUUACAAAUAUCUGCAGUAUGCCUACUUCAAAUCGAACAACCUGGCCAAGGCCGUGUCUGCAGCCCACACCUUCCUGCUCAAACACCCAGACGAUGAGAUGAUGCAGAGGAACAUGGCGUACUACAAGAGUCUGCCCGGUGCUGAGGAACAUCUCAAAGACCUGGAGACAAACUCCUACGAGACACUGUUUGUGCGUGCAGUGAGGGCGUAUAAUGGAGAAAACUUCCGUACCUCAGUAUCGGACAUGGAGCUCGCGCUGAGGGACUUCUUCAAAGUCUACGAUGAGUGUCUGGCUGCAUCAGAGGGUCCACGCGAUGUCAAGGACUUCAAAGACUUCUAUCCCUCCAUAGCUGAUCACUACAUUGAAGUCCUCGAGAGGAAAGUGAAUUGUGAACGUGACCUGACUCCAGUUGUCGGAGGAUUUGUUGUUGAGAAGUUCGUGGCCACCAUGUACCACUACCUGCAGUUUGCUUAUUACAAAUUAAACGACCUGAAGAAUGCAGUACCAUGUGCGGUCAGCUACCUCCUGUUUGACCCGAAUGAUGAAGUUAUGAAGAACAACGUUGCCUAUUACAAGUUUCACCAAAACAAGUGGCAGCUGACAGAAGAGGACUUCCUGCCCAGAUCAGAGGGAGUGCGGUACUACAAUCAGACCACCAUGCAGCUACAGAUGCUGGAGUUCUCCAGACAGCGUCUGACAAGUGAUGAUGAGGGGGAGGUGGUCGAGUUUAUAGAUGAGUUCCUGGAUGAGGAUAAAUAGUCCACGUUGGAAACACUGAGAAACAAACACACACACACACACACACACAAAAGAAAAUCAAGCAGCACCAGUUUGUAUUUAUUGUUAUUUUUUUGUAAAAGGCUCUGUUUGGUCACUGUGGUUUUAACCUGCAGCUUCACGUCCUGAAUAUUAAUCCUAAAUCGUCCACAAUUUGGGAUUCAUCCAUUUCAGAGGGAUACACACACAGUGGUUGAAUGAUUUUAAAGGCAAUACUGAAAACAGAGACAUUAGAGUAUUUUUUACUGUUAAGUUAAUGAAUUCCUCUCCUCUACUGUGACUAAUAGUGAUGUUGUCUUUCAAAAAGUGUAAUUUUACAAUUAAUGCUGUCAUACAGUUAAUGUUCUGGUCAAUAAAAAAUGUCAUAAAAUUAUUACAUGA